UAAUAUUUUAUAUGUUAAUGAUAUUAGUUAGGAGUCAUUUACAAGGCAGAGAGCUGAAACCAUUCAAUUGCGCUUAAGUUGAAGAUCAUUUGCGAUUUCAUAGAUUUCACAUCUGAAAGAGACGCGUACAUGCUUUUUCUGUUUGUACGUUCAUUCUACGAAUCAAACUUACGCAUAUUUGAGAAAUGAUCGUAAGAUCAAAUUUAGGAUGGUUUCUGCGCAACAUUUUAUAAAUGAGGCCCUAGGACCGUAAGUCAUUGCGGUAUGUGGGCCAAGCAAAAGCUGAUUCUAAUGCUAUGUGGGCUACAGGCAGUGAGUUACUGUAAUAUUUACAUUUUUGCUUAAUAAAGCAUUUCAAAAAGACAUAAAAUAAGUUUUUAAGAACGUCAGAGUCAUGAAUGCUAAAAUAAGCCACUGUACGUUUGUUGUAGGUGUUGCUAUGAUGAUGUCAGUCAGAGUGGCUCCUCCUCUUCCUCUGAUCUUUCUGAUCAUGAUUCACGGGGUUUCUAGUGCUGAUUGGGGUGUGAGUUACAGUCAUUCACACAUCUGUGCACUAAAGCACUCAUCAGUGAUAAUGAGCUGCACUUAUACAUACCCUACUGGACAUCAGAUCAUGAAAGUUUUCUGGACCAAAAUCCCUGCAAGAGUGGGUGAAGAGCAUCCAGAUCUGUCUGAUGACCCUGAAUACAGUCAGAGGCUUCAGUAUCUGGGAGAUAAACAGCAGAACUGCACCAUCAGACUGAGUCAUGUGACACAGAAAGAUGAACACAAGUACUAUUUCAGAUUCAUCACGGAUAAAACUGUGAAAUGGCUUGGUCAUCCAGGAGUGACUCUUAUUGUCACAGAUCUUCAGGUGGAGUCUCCUGAGAGAGUGACAGAGGGAGAUUCAGUCCGUCUGACAUGUAAAAGCAGCUGCGCUCUGACUGACGGAGCAACAUUCAUCUGGUACAGAAACUCACAGCCAUUAACUGAGAGAAGAGACAGAAACAAUCAACUCCUGCUGCAGUCAGUCAGAAGAGAGGAUGCAGGCAGAUAUAGCUGUGCUCUACAAGGACACACUUACAUCUCUCCUGCUGUUCAGCUCAGUGUCACAUAUCCACCAAACAGUGGCUCAGUGUCCAUCAGUCCAUCUGGUGAAAUAGUGGAGGGAGAUUCAGUGACUCUGAGCUGCAGCAGUGAUUCAAACCCACCUGCAGAAAUCAGCUGGUUUAAAGGAGGAACGUUUGUAGGAUCUGGAAGAAUCUACAGCAUCUCAAAGAUCAGCUCUGAUCACAGUGGAGAAUACAAGUGCAAGUCCAGAAAUGAACAUGGAGAGAAAUUCUCUGCUGCUGUGACUUUAAACGUCAUGUACCCACCCAGGAACGUCUCUGUGUCUAUAAAUGGAUCUGGUGAAAUAGUGGAGGGAGAUUCAGUGACUCUGAUCUGCAGCAGUGAUUCAAACCCACCUGCUCUGAACUUCAGCUGGUUUAAGGAGGAUCAAAGCUCAGCUGUUGGAUCUGGACAGAGUUUCAGUGCUCUACAGAGCGGACGCUUCUACUGUGAGGCUCACAAUCAACAUGGAUCUCAGAGAUCAGACUCUGUUACUGUCACUGUUAAAGAUCCACCAAACAGUGUCUCAGUGUCCAUCGGUCCAUCUGGUGAAAUAGUGGAGGGAGAUUCAGUGACUCUGAGCUGCAGCAGUGAUUCAAACCCACCUGCAGAAAUCAGCUGGUUUAAAGGAGGAACAACUGUAGGAUCUGGAAGAAUCUACAGCAUCUCAAAGAUCAGCUCUGAUCACAGUGGAGAAUACAAGUGCAAGUCCAGAAAUAAACAUGGAGAGAAAUACUCUGCUGCUGUGACUUUAAACAUCACGUACCCACCCAGGAAUGUCUCUGUGUAUAUAAAUGGAUCUGGUGAAAUAGUGGAGGGAGAUUCAGUGACUCUGAUCUGCAGCAGUGAUUCAAACCCACCUGCUCUGAACUUCAGCUGGUUUAAGGAGGAUCAAAGCUCAGCUGUUGGAUCUGGACAGAGUUUCAGUGCACUACAGAGUGGACGCUUCUACUGUGAGGCUCACAAUCAACAUGGAUCUCAGAGAUCAGACUCUGUUACUGUCACUGUUAAAGGACGUUUCGUGAUAUUAUACAUAUCCAUUGGAGUGAUUUGUGGUGCAGCAGCGAUGGCACUGAUUUGGAGGAGCAGGAUGAAAAAGAGAAAUGACACUCAGGAGUCUCAGAUGAAUCAUUCCAGAAGUCAUCAUGACAAACAUAAAGCUUGUGAUGCUGAGAUGAAUGAACCUGUUUAUGAGAAUGUACGGAUAAAUCAUUCCGGACCUCAUCAUGACAAACGUAAAACUUGUGAUGCUGAAUUGAAUGAACCUGUGUAUGAAAAUAAAAUGGCUGCUCAACACGGCUCUAAUGUGUGUAAAUCUGAACUGAACUCCCAUGUUUUUGAAAAUAGUCCACAUAAGAAGAGGAGGAAGUAGUGUUUUGGACACAAAGCAAACAUUUUACAGCUUUGACAAAUCGAUUUGUUAGUGGAGACCUGAAUGAUUGACAAGAGUGUCCUGAUGAUGUUUGACUGAAGGAAUUUGUGGAUCAAUUUAUAGAUAGUUGAGCAAAAAUGUAAAAAAAAAAAAAAAACUGGUUAAUGAAUUGAUAAAAGGGUGUAAUCACUUAAGUGUGGUUUCCCUUUAAACUUUAAAUAAUGUAAGCAUGCUUUAUUUAGAUGUUUAAUGUUUUAAUGUCACCUAGUUGUGCAAUUUUGCAAUUUAACAAAUAUAAAACUGCAUUAUAUUUAACGAUUUCAAGAGAAAAACAAAUGAUCAAAAUACAGUUUAUUUUGUUUAUUUUAACAUUGUGAUCAUAUAAUUCCUUAACUUUGUUGGAUAUUAUUAGCCUAAAUAACCCGAUGAAAUACACAGUCGUAAUACGUAAGCUGGCUACUUUUACAACUUCCCUUACAAAAAAUAACCACUGUUUUGCUACAUUAACCAUAGUUUGAACAUGGUAUUUGUGGUCAUACAAAUGGUAAUACACAAAAAAAAAACUUUUACUGUAAUAAAACCAUGGUUAAUUUUCGUAAGCAUUGUUGGGAUCCUCCUGUUGUGGUCUGAUUUCAGCGUGUUUCUGCCUUUGGUUUUGUUGCCAGUAUUUGCAGAACCUGUCAAACUGAUGAUGUUGUUUUCUUAAUUUGCUGGUGCUUUUCUAUUUGCAUGUUUUCUUAAGUUGCAGCAUAUUGAGCUCUCUCGGCCACCAUGUGUAUAUAUAUACAGUGGGUACGGAAAGUAUUCAGACCCCCUUAAAUUUUUCACUCUUUGUUAUAUUGCAGCCAUUUGCUAAAAUCAUUUAAGUUCUUUUUUUUUUUUCCUCAUUAAUGUACACA